UUCCAUUCUUCUAUCUAACUUUUUAUCCGUUACUUUCUUUCUCUUAGGUUUUAGGUUUUUUUUUUCAUUUUCCGCAUUUCGAUAUUGUAGCAUAGCGAAGAUAAAUAAACUCCGCCGGCCCUUACCAUCGCCCCGCCUCCUGCACCCCGCCCCCGCCACCCAUCCCCGAUCUGUUAAAUUUGUUUUCUUACUCAGUAACAGAAGCGGUGAGGAGAAAUGUUUUGCGAAGAGGAGCUACGCGAUAUGAGCGUGUUGCAGAAAGGAGAUGACUAUGUGGAGGUUGUGUGUGGAUGCACCAGUCGUAGACAUGGCGAUGCUGGUGCUAGACUUAGGAUUUUCAAGUCCGGUGAACUCAAAAUUGCUUGCGAAUGUUACCAUGGCUGCCCUGAAGAUAAUCUUAGUCCAUUUGCCUUUGAGAAACAUGCUGGAAAAGAGAAUAACAGAUGGAAACAUAAUAUUUGGGUGUUUAUUGAUGGUUAUAAAGUUCCAUUGAUAAAGACUACACUACUGAAAUUCUACAACAUGUCUCCAAAGAAUGCCAAGAGGCCACAUAAACUUGUUCUUCAUCGUGAUGAAUUUAUCAAAUGUACCAAGUGCAGUAAAAGACGUAGGUUUUAUCGCCGCUCUAAGAAUGAAUGCAGGAGCUACCAUGAUGCAUUGGCCAAUGCUAAUUUUCAGUGCUCAGAUAUUCCUUUCGACAAAUUUUCAUGUGAUGAUGCUGAAGAGCGAGCUAGUCGAAGGGCGUGUAAGGGAUGUUUGCUUUCACCAACAUGUGGAGGUUGCACUUCAUGUGUGUGCUUUGGAUGUGAAGUGUGUUGCUUCUCAGAUUGCGAUUGCCAGACUUGCAUCGACUUCAGAAAGAAUACAAAAGCUUAAAGAGUAUUUUGUGACAUUUGAAUGGACAUUUAGUUCAUUUGAACCCAUGUAUUUUGUUCACAUUCCUUUUUAGACAGUUUACUCAAAAUUUGCAAUUCACAUUUCAUAGUUUAAGGCCUUCUUUUGGCUUUAACAGUAUAAACAAUAUUUUCAGCGGAGAUGAAUAUCCUAAGGGUUUGUUUGAUAUGAA